CCUGGUUCAGUGCCGGGGCGACGUCGGCGAGGAGGAAUGCAAAUCCUGCAUCUCUAGGGCCACCUCCAAUACUGCCCUAACACGAAGGAUGCCAUCAUAUGGUUUGAAAAGUGCCAGCUGCGCUACUCCAACACCAACUUCUUUGGACUCCUCAACCUCAAUGAUUCCAAUAGUUGGUCUUGGGCAAACAGUACAGUGGAAUACCCGGAAGAAUUUUACGAUUCGUUGGGCAGUUUGCUGAAGAAUCUCACGUCUGCAGCGACAACAGAGCCUUCGAGGCUCAUGUUCGCAAGGGGCGAGACCGAGUACACAAUUCGACAGACGCUCUACGGGCUGGUACAGUGCACCAGGGACACCAGCCUCGCAGAUUGCAAGGACUGCCUGGAGACGGCCAUCUCCCAAAUCAACUCGACUACUUGCGGCGAUUCAAAAGGCUGUGAACUUCUCAAGGGAAGUUGCCGUGUGAGGUUUGAUACGAAUAGUUUUUAUAGUACCACAGACACAACAAGCCCAUCUCCUCCGCCCAGUUCGCCACCUCCAAAUUCAAGCCCUCCACCGAUUGGGUCGCAGAAAAGCGAGAGCAGAAAGCGUGUCUUUAUCAUAUUGGCCAUCUCUAUCUUGAUUGUGGCUCUCAUUGGUUGCACAAUUUGUGGCUUUUACUGGUGGAAAAGAAAUCGCUUUCUGCAAUUGCAGAGGAACGAAGAAGAGGACGCCUUGCAACAAACAGGUUGGUAGAAAAAGCAACAAAAUUGAGAGAGAGGGAGAGAGAGAAAGAG